AUGUCGGGCUACGCGGAGCAGGUGCUCGUGUGCACGGGCGAGGACGACUGGCCGUCGCGCAUCGAGGAGGAGAGCGGCGGCGACAACCUGGCGGCCGACCUCAAGGAGCUGUUUGGCCGCGGCGGCGUCUACAGCGAUGUGCGUUGCCCCUGUCCUGCCCCCUUGACUCGAAAACUGACCCAACGGCAGCCCUUCCACAACAUAUCCGUCCUCAACGCCUCCCUGCCGAGCUCCGUCCCCCCGCGCGCCGAGGUCCAGAGCACGUCGGCGUACCUCCUCCCGAGCUUCAAGUACGUGCCCUUCCUGCCGCGCGUGUCCUUCGACAGCGUCCAGGCGCUCGCCAAGGGCUACCUGCUGCCGGAGCGGCUGCACUCGGCGCACGACGGCCUGUCGCCCAUCCACCGCGACCGGCUCACGCGCAAGGAGGCCUACCGCUCGCUGCUGCCGGGCGUGCGCGACGUGCGCGACGUGCUCGUCCUCGUGUGCGGCCACGGCGGGCGCGACGCCCGCUGCGGCGUCAUGGGCCCGCUGCUGCGCGACGAGUUUGAGGGGUGCCUCGAGCGCGAGGGCGUGAGCGUCCUGAGGGGGCCGGUGGAGGUGGACUUGACGGGUGAGGCGAGGCGGUUGGAGGCUGCGCCAGGAGGCGACGGCGCGGGAGAGGAGGAUGGCGGUGCGGCGGCGCAGACGACGACGACGGCGCGCGUCGCGCUGAUAAGUCACAUCGGGGGCCACAAGUUUGCCGGCAACGUCAUCGUCUACGUGCCGCCGGGCCAGCGGUUAGAGGACGGGAGCGCACAUCCGCUCGCGGGGUACGGCAUCUGGUAUGGGCGCGUGGAGCCGCGGCACGUCGAGGGGCUCGUCAGGGAGACGGUGCUGCGCGGGAGGGUGGUCGAGGACAUGUUCCGCGGGGGCAUCGACGCGCAGCGGCGGAUAAUGCGGCUCUGA